AUGAGAUUGCUGAUCAUUACACUACUAGCUGUCGGAGCGCUCGCUUCCAAUGAUGAGCUGUGGCACCAUUGGAAGCGUCUGUAUAAGAAAGAGUACAACGGUCCUGAUGACGCAGUUCGACGAGCCAUUUGGGAAGAGAAUGUUGAGCACAUCAAACAACACAAUUUGCGCCAUGAUCUGGGCUUGGUGACCUACAGUCUGGGAUUGAAUCAGUUCACCGAUUUGACGUUUGACGAAUUCAAAGAGAAAUACUUGUCGGAAAUGCCAUCCACAUCGAAUUUCAUUUCCGAAGGCAUUCCGUUCAAUCCGACCAAUGUGAAUGUGCCCGAUAGCGUGGAUUGGCGUGAGAAGGGCUACGUGACUGAGGUGAAAAAUCAGGGUCAAUGCGGCUCAUGUUGGGCCUUCUCUACGACCGGUGCAGUGGAAGGACAAUACAGGAAACUGUUCAGAACAAACGUAUCAUUCUCUGAACAACAGCUGGUCGAUUGCAGCUCAUCAUACGGUAACCAUGGAUGCCAUGGUGGUCUGAUGGAAAACGCCUAUCGAUAUCUGGGCAAAUACGCAUUGGAGCAAGAGAAGGAUUAUCCUUAUAGGGCAGUGGAAGGCCAAUGCAAGUAUGAUGCAUCGAAAGGAGUGACUAAACUAAGCGAAUACCAUGUCGUACAUUCGGGAAAUGAGCUCGCUUUGAAAGGAUUGAUCGGUCAAGAUGGGCCUGCUGCGGUGGCCUUGGAUGUGGAGAGGGACUUCAUGAUGUACAGGAGUGGAAUUUUCCAGAGCAGUGCAUGCUCACCGAGGGCUUUGAAUCACGGAGUUUUGGCUGUCGGAUAUGGAAGCGAGAGAGGCAUGGACUAUUGGAUUGUGAAAAACAGCUGGGGUAAAACUUGGGGUGACAAGGGAUACAUUCGAAUGGCCAGGAACCGAGGCAAUAUGUGUGGAAUCGCCACCAUGGCCAGCGUGCCACAUGUGACGGUUCCCCACUAA